AUGUCGUCUUCAUCCAAAAUCAAGGCUUUUGAGCUUCAGUCCAAAAGCAAAGCCGACCUCCUCACUCAGCUUACGGAACUGAAGACCGAACUGGCUCGUUUGAGAGUGCAGCAGAUUUCGGGUGGAGGUGCGAACAAGUUGACGAAAAUUGGCGUUACUCGCAAAUCCAUCGCUCGCGUUCUCACUGUCAUCAACCAGAAGCAACGUCAAAAUCUGAGGGAAUUCCACAAAAAGUCAAAGUAUCUGCCCCUCGAUCUCCGACACAAGAAGACCCGUGCGAUCCGUCGACAAUUGAGCAAGAAGGAGGCUUCCGCCGUGACGGAGCGUCAGCACAAGAGGCAGAUCCACUUCCCCCAGCGUAAAUAUGCUCUUAAAGCUUGA